AGUCCUCACUUUUGCCCUUCUUCUUUCUGCCCGUCUAUACAAACUCCCUCCCUGUCUCUGUCUCUGCCAUUUUGCGCGUAUGGCGAAGUACUCUUUAGGCUCCGAACCAGUGGUGGGUUCGUUAACUCCAUCGAGGAAGAGGGAAUACAGGGUCACCAACCGGCUUCAAGAGGGGAAAAGGCCUCUUUAUGCUGUAGUUUUCAACUUCAUCGACUCUCGCUACUUCAACGUCUUUGCCACUGUUGGCGGCAAUCGGGUUACAGUUUAUCAAUGUCUUGAAGGGGGUGUUAUAGCCGUGUUGCAGUCUUACGUCGACGAAGAUAAGGAUGAGUCUUUUUACACUGUAAGCUGGGCGUUCAACGUCGAUGGCUCCCCAUUUGUUGUUGCUGGUGGAAUCAAUGGUAUAAUCCGUGUUAUUGAUGCUGGCAGUGAAAAGAUAUAUAAGAGUUUUGUUGGUCAUGGUGAUUCAAUAAACGAAAUCAGGACUCAGCCACUGAAACCAUCACUUGUGAUCUCUGCUAGCAAAGACGAAUCUGUUCGAUUAUGGAAUGUUCAUACAGGUAUUUGCAUUUUGGUAUUCGCUGGUGCAGGUGGUCAUCGUAAUGAGGUCUUAAGCGUGGAUUUCCAUCCAUCCGAUAUUUAUCGCAUCGCAAGCUGUGGCAUGGACAACACUGUAAAAAUUUGGUCAAUGAAAGAGUUCUGGACAUACGUGGAAAAAUCGUUUACCUGGACAGAUCUUCCAUCAAAAUUUCCCACAAAGUAUGUCCAGUUCCCAGUGUUCAUAGCAUCAGUUCAUUCCAAUUAUGUUGACUGCAGUAGGUGGCUUGGUGAUUUUAUUCUUUCAAAGAGUGUUGACAAUGAAAUAGUGUUGUGGGAACCUAAAAUGAAGGAGCAGUCACCUGGAGAGGGUACUGUGGAUAUUCUUCAGAAGUACCCUGUUCCUGAAUGUGAUAUUUGGUUCAUCAAGUUUUCCUGUGAUUUUCAUUAUAAUGCAGCUGCGAUAGGAAAUAGGGAAGGAAAGAUUUUUGUUUGGGAACUUCAGUCAAGCCCCCCAGUUCUUAUUGCAAGGCUGUCUCAUGCCCAGUCGAAGUCUCCCAUCAGACAGACAGCCAUGUCCUUUGAUGGAAGUAUAAUUCUGAGCUGCUGUGAAGAUGGGACAAUUUGGCGCUGGGAUGUUAUGACAACCUCUUGAGCCAUUUAGAACAUGUAUAGAUAAUUAGUCACUUUAUGUUAGCAUUAUUACAUGGUGACUUAUGCAGGAAAGACAGCUAACCUACUUAUGAAAUGGACAAUUUCUGUAGAACAUUACAUGUUUUUGAAUGAGACAGGAAAAGUUUUAGACUUC